UCGCUCACUCCACUCUGCCUCGUCUUGGACUCAUGCCGUGCCUGCACUGCUGCUGUUUGCUUCCUUCCUCGCUUACCAGCCGAGUGAGCGUCUCCCAGCCUCGAGUCGUCGUUGCCAGCGAGGAGGAGGAGGACAGGGAGGAGGCCAGACCAGUCUUGGCUCUGCGAGGGAGGGGGUCGUCGAUGGAGGGGAUAGAGGAAGCCAACAGGGCGGCAGUGGAGUGCUGCCACCGGGUGCUGGCCCUCCUCUCCAACCCACACGGCCAGCUCGUCCCCAACAAGGAUCUCGUGGCAGCCACCGGAGAGGCCGUUUCCAAGUUUGGAUCCCUAACCUCCAAGCUCUCCGAUGUCAAUGGCCUCCAGGGCCAUGCCAGGGUCAGGAAGAUCAAGAAACCCUUGCCUAUGUUCGACAGCAACCUCUUCUUGGAGAGCUCUGCAGUGUCUGCAGCCACCGCUGCCAAGACACCCAACCGGAGCCCGAUCACUAGCCUCCAGCUGUUUCCAAGGUACCACCAGAUGGAGGGCUCGUCGUCGAAGGAUCCUGUGAGGAUCCCUACCCAAUUCCCCAGGAGGUUGCUUCUAGAGAACCCAGCUGUCGAUUUUGAUGGGCCGUCAAAGGCCCCUCCUCUCCAGCACGUCCAGCCGGUGUCCGUUGCAUCCCUGGCCAGGACGUCAACCCCGGCAUUGCCUGCGGCGCACCUUCAUUUCAUCCAGCAGCAUCAGAGCUACCAGAGGUUUCAGCUCAUGCAGCAGAUGAAGAUUCAGAGCGAGAUGAUGAAGAGGAGCAGUCUUGGUGAUCAGGGUGGUAGUUGCAGUGCUGGAGGCAAGGGUGUCAAUCUCAAGUUCGACAGCUCGAAUUGCACAGCAUCAUCAUCUCGCUCGUUCCUUUCCUCUCUGAGCAUGGAGGGGAGUAUCGCGAGUUUGGAUGGGAGCCGGGCAAGCAGGCCUUUCCAGCUAGUUAGUGGCUCUCAGACGUCCAGCACUCCGGAGUUGGGCGUCGCGCACAGGAGGAGUUGCACUGGUAGGGAGGAUGGGAGUGGUCGGUGCGCAACUGGGAGCCGGUGCCAUUGUGCAAAGAAAAGGAAGCUGAGGAUAAGGAGGUCUAUCAAAGUCCCUGCGAUAAGCAACAAGGUUGCAGACAUCCCUGCUGAUGAGUUCUCGUGGAGGAAGUAUGGGCAGAAGCCAAUAAAAGGAUCCCCACAUCCUAGGGGUUACUACAAGUGUAGCAGUGUGAGAGGCUGCCCAGCAAGGAAGCACGUUGAGAGGUGUGUCGAUGACCCCUCGAUGCUGAUUGUUACCUAUGAAGGUGAUCACAACCACAACCGUGUGCUAGCCCAGCCAGCCUGAUCUUUCAGGCUUUCAAUCGCAGACCGUUUCAGUCGCCUCCCUUCCUAGAGAAGGGAGGACAACAAGAAAAAGAAGGAGAACCUUGUGUUUGUACAUAUGUUCUGCUUCUAACAGCUGGGGGGAAGAGGGAGUUAGCUAGGUCUUGCAGAAGAAUCGAUGGCGAAAGAAAGAAACUUAACGCGCAGAUGGUUGAGGGAGCGUUCCUCAUCGAAGACUCAUAGUUUUGUAGCUUUCAUUUUUUUUCACUUUCUGUUCAUGCUUGUGCUAGGAGGGCCAUCAUGUGGUGCCGUGUAACAUUGAGCUGCAGUUGUGUGUCUGGGGAUGGUGUUACGGGAUUGGAGAAGGCAUAAGGCAGGUAGUGCCUGUAAAAGUCGCAACACCUAGGAACAGAAUGCACCCUGAUCUUCAGUCCAAUGGUACAAUCUUGUUGAGGCAGUGGUUUGACA